GAGAAUGAACGUAGUUGUCUUCUCGGCGUUAUAUUUAGAUCUGUUUGCCCUUCGAGCUGGCAGUUGUUAUUUUAUGGAGAUUAUGGGGGGAAUUUCUCAUAUCGCAGCUGGCAGUGCAAGUAAGUAAUGAUACCCCGCCGUAUAUAUUAAAAACUUUUGCACUUGAAACAGUUACGGGCCUCAUGCCAAGAAAACAUUACACAUCCCCCUCACCAGAAGUGUCGAAUAAGUGACUCUACAAUUUGUGUUUAUCACCAAACAAGAUGAAUCAGACAAAGUGUAGCGAUCAUCAACAUUCGGGAUCAUUUGUGACGCUUGCUGUUUUCAGUAUUAUCUCUGGACUUAUCGCCUUCUGCGGAAACUUAGUGGUACUACUGGCGAUUUACAAAACGCAAAGUUUAAGAACUAAUUCAAACCUAUUCAUCGCGUCGCUCGCAGGAUCUGACUGGCUUGUGGGAUGUGUUAUGCAGCCAUUGCUAGUGUACAAAUGCGUCAAGUAUAGUUACUUUGGAGAUGACCUCAGGGAGAAUGAUCCCUUCAAAGUCGCCACCGACUUUCUGUGGAUCCAGGCAAUAUUAGUGACAACAUUCGGUCUGACUGCUGUAUCAGUGGAUCGAUUUAUUGCCAUUACCAUGGUCUUUCGUUACAAAACACUUCUAACGGUCAAGCGCUGUGGGUAUAUUAUUAUUUUCAACUGGACGUUUUCGUUUUUGUUUGCGUCAAUGCGGCUUUUUCUUCCCGAAGAUAAACUCUCGCUUUUGUGGCUCACCACUGCUGUACUUUCUUGCGGGUUGCCUUUUGCUGUUACGUUUUACUGCUACGCCGCCAUCUUCAAAGCAGCAAGGACGCAAAUGCGAAGAAUCGUAACGGAGGCGACAGGAAAGGAAGGGCGUAGAGUCGAGGAGGCGCGGCAUCGAAAAACCGCCUGGACCAUCGGGAUCGUAAUUACUUUAUUUUUCUUCUUAUGGUUCCCAAGUCUAGUCAUCGCCUCAAUCAAUCUGACACUAAGCGCAGGCUGUACGAAAAAACUAUUCGCACGGGAGGUGUGGCUUUGGGUUGAGCUCGUUGCGUAUUCAAGCUCGUCUAUAAACCCAUGGGUUUAUUCCAUGCGAAGCGUCGAGUUUCGCGCCGCAUGUAAGCAAAGUAUGGGUUUCAAGAGAAGUGGUGUUUUCCCAGAAGGUAAUGUGUCGAGUAGGAUGCGGUCACGCCUUAGUAACGCGGGUUACCGCAAGUACGACGGUUCCAACAUGAACUUAAGGGAUGAGUCUAUCGCAUCUGCGAGGAAAGGGAGCUUGCAGUUAAACCACGUACCGACCAUUCGACAGUACAAUAGCCACUUGCUACCCCCUGUAAGCUAGUGCACACACAGCAAAGCUGGAAGAGCAGAGCCGUAGCAGCCCACCUAAUCCUAAGGGGAACAAUAUAGAAACAUUAAGAAGUUAUUGGGGGAGGGGGCACAGCCACGCUUCUACUUAACAUUUCCUUAUAAUUUUGGAAAAUAUGGGGAGGGGGCACGUGCCCCCAGUAGAUCAAAUAAUCUCUUCGAUGAAGGACUGUGAAGCUCUUCAGGAUGACCUGACAAGUCUAAACAAGUGAAGCGACACAAAUAUCGACUUGAACGCUAGCAAGUGAAAGAAAUCGCCCACCGUGCUCUGUACGUAGCUAUGUUUCGCCACUGAAGUCUGGUCCCCCGGCAGCGUAAAACAACUUCUAGAGAAAGUUGAAAGGCGAGCCACCCGCUGGAUUCUAAGAUCCAAGAUCGGGGACUUGAGCUAUAAAGAGCGACUUCUAAAACUCGAUCUACUACCGUUGGUCUACGACCGAGAGGUGAAAGACAUAUUCUUUUUUUUAUUCUUUUUUUUUAAGUUUAACAUGAGCGACUGAAUGUUCAACCCUUUGUCACUUUUGUAAAUUUACCAUGUAGACUUACCCUUUUUUAUGGUCAAUCGCACGGAACUGUGGCUGCCAGCGAGUUUCCAAUUUGUUUAUUUUUUGGUACGUCGUGCAUGGUCCUCGUGCCCGUUUACGUAUGACCCCAUUGGGCAUCUAUUUUGUCUAAUAUAACUAUUGAAGACUAUUCUAGUAAUCAGUAACACAUGUCUUUUCUUGAGGUUUUACACUAGCCUUGCGUGCAUUUGCACUGCACCAUUUUUAUUACGUGUGCUGGAGGCAAGUCUGUUCGCACUGGCAUAUCCCCAAUUCUCAGGGAGGAGACUUGGUAGGAUAAACUUGGUAGAAUGUUCGCAUGCUAUGAAAAGCGGCAGCUGCAUGUUUCGAGGGUGGAGAGUGGCCUCUGGUUCUAUUUAUGCCUACGACGCAUGCAGCUUUCGCUUUUCAUAGCUUACGAACAUUCUACCGACUUCAGCAGUGGAGAGACUGUGUUCUCCUAACUGAGAACUGGGGAUAGGAACGUUCACAGAGAAAGCUUGUGCCAAUGCGAACAGACUUGCCACCAGCGCAAGGAUCGCUAAUAGAUAUAAUGCGGUGCAAAUGAAAAUUGUGCAGCACCAGAAGAUGAACCUGCAAGAAUAAUGGUCUAAGUGCGGCGUGUGGAGAGCGUAAAAGUCAGAAACAAUUCUGGACUAAUCGAGCUAGUGCUAGACGUUCACAGUUUAUUAGAAGUGUAACUAGCUUUCUAAAGGCUGGUGUAAAACCUCAAGUAAAUUAAAAAAGUGUCACAAAAGUGAUUACUGCUGUAUCAGGUAUUGGGCUUGCUACUGAGUUGCUGCCACAUAUAAGUUAUCUAUCACUGACGCGAAUACAGCAAUACUCAAAUUGUGUCUUUAAUUAUUUUUGGCCAAUGACCUUUUACAUUUUCUGAUUCAAAGUAUUUUUAAUUCUUUUAGGGUUUUCGACGCGGGUACUCUGUGGUUUUUAGAAUACAGAAAUAUCAGAAAAAGAUAUACAAGUGUUAAAACCGAAAUAACCCGAGCUGGUAUAACUCUCUGAAAGCUCGAACUAAAGAUUUCGCAGACGAUUGCAGUAAUGCAGAAUUUAACAGAAUGCUUUAAAAGCUUUUAGCAUUGAAGUUCUGUCAGAAGACCAGUGCUAGACAUAUAUGGUUUUAUUUGCCUUCAAACUCUCUUACGGAGGUUGUUUGGAGAAUUAACAUUAGAUGGCAUCAACGCAGCCAGGCCACCUCAGCCUAUACCUCUCGCCGCUCGCCCUCCCCCUUGCACAUCGUCGGGUAUAAAUUCAAUAAAUGACAAACAGUUUAA